UUGUCGGCCGUUGGCUCGUUGCGAAGAUGGCGGCGGCGGCGGCGGUGGAGGAGCUCCUGGCCCGGGCCGAGCAGGAGGCGGCGCUCCGGCUGAAGAGCAUCAGCGUGGACAAGGAGCAGGAGCUGCAGUUCGACCUGGGGAACCUGCUGGCCCUGGACCCCAACCCGGCCAGCGGCCGCCGGCUGCAGCUGGAGGGCGAGGCCAUGCUGCGGGCUCUGGCCCGGGACAACACGCAGCUGCUGAUCGGCCAACUCUGGGCCGUGCCGACCCGCCGGGUGGGGGAGGUGAUCGUGGCCGAGCUGCCCCCGGCCACCACCCGCCUGCCCCGGGAGAAGCCGAAGCCCAAGGCCAGGCCCAGCACCCGCUGGGAGGAGUUCGCGCGGCUCAAGGGCAUCCGCAAGAAGAAGCGCGCCAGCCUGGCCUGGGACGAGAGGCGCCGGGAGUGGCGGCGGCGCUGGGGCUACCGCAAGGCGAACGACCAGGCCGAGGACUGGGCCUUGGAGGUGCCGGACAACGCCGACCCCAACGAGGACCAGUUCGCCAAGCGGGCCGGACAGAAGAAGGAGCGGGUGGCCAAGAACGAGCUGCACCGGCUGCGGAACAUCGCCCGGGGCCGCACGUUACGCGAGGCCGGUGCGGCCGCCGGCGGCCCGGUCCAGCACCCGGGGAAGAGGGAGCUGAGCAGAGCCAUCCUGACGGCCAAACUGUCCACGGCCUCGGUCGGCAGGUUCCAGGACAAGCUGCCCAAGGAGAGGGACAACCCCCGGGGCUCAGGCAAGAGGAGGCAGUUCAGACCUCUCCUGGGCGACUUCUCAGCCGAGAAGCAGAAGCAGCUGGAGCUCCUCCAGAGCAUGGCCAAGUCCGGCCAGAAACCCAGGCUGAACCUGACCAAGGCCGUCAACAAGCAGCUCCGCGAGGACGAGCGACAGGAGGCCGCGGAGAAGAGGAAGAAGAAGAAGGGGAAAGGGGGUCGGGGCCGGGGCCGCGACGGGUGGGGAGGGGGCAAACCGAAAGCCGGGGGCAAACCGAACGCCGGUCGAAAGCCGGCCGUGACGCAACGAGGAAAGGGCAAAUAAAACCGAUGAUGAUGAUGAUGAUGAUAAUAAUAAUCCUUGCAUUCGAUACACCGCCUUA